AUGUUCAAUUGGAAUCCGAGACGCUAUUUGGAUAUAGUUUAUCCCUAUGAGCUGCCACUGCAUCACUUUCCUGGAAGGCCAGAAAUGCAUCCAGAACCACCGCAUGAGAGAUACUUCCGCCCUUUGCCGCCUUAUGUACAGCCCAAUGCUCAAUCGCCGCCUGGUGAGAAUGCAGGACAAAGUCACGUGUUGAGCUUUAUGAGACGCUGUUAUCUAUUGGCCGUCACUUAUAUGCUGAUCUCCGUUAUUCAGCGGCUCCUAUUUGCCCUGAUAGUUAAGCAAAGAGACAUAUAUAUGCUGCCCGGCUUUAUCUGCUUGGUGCUGGCCUUCUUCUUGCUGCUGUUGCUAACAUUCUGCCCGCGGUUGAGCUCCAAGCGGUGGAUCGGCAUUGUUUUUUUCACGCUCUUCGUGGAGACAGUCACCUGGGGAUUGGUACUGUUGCUUCCCAUGCGGUCGCCAUGGAACAUCAUGAUGGCUAUAGUAGCUGCCGUAAUCGUGUUAGUAUUGUGCUAUGUUGCGGGCGCCUGGUUGCCCAUGGUUGUGCUGCCCGGCGAAUUGACGUUGGCCUUGAUCCUGAUUCUGUUUCUGGCUGUGGGAUCAAUUGUGCUCACAUUGUUUAUUGUAACAGAUGAGGCCAAAUAUCAUACUAUUUAUUUUGUACUCAUUGGCUGUGUCAUGGUGGUCUUGUCUAUAUACCAUGCCCAGAUCGUUCAUGGACGACGACACUGGUUGCCUAUAAAUGAAUACUUGAGCUGUGCGGUAAGCAUUUACAUUCACUUCGAUCUGUUCUUCAUGGUUUGCUAUCACAUUAUUUGGGUGUACAAAUGGCGCUAGUGAUGUAUCAAAUAAAUGUAUACAUAAUUAUUUUUAAAUU